CCUCCCUCCUCUGAGACUGACAGCCCGUUAGCUGCUCACCGGCAAUGAUACAGCAAACACGGACUGAGUAAGACUCAUCGAGAUGGACUUAGCGGGCACUUUUUACCACUACAAAGACGGAUAUUAUUUAGACACUGUUGUCUAAUGACAAGAUAAGGAGUUUAUUCUUCGCCAGGAUCAUUUUUGUUCCGUAUAAAAAGGAGACUCGACGUCCAUGAGAGGAAUUGAUGCGACGUCUGAUUUCCUGCGACAUACACCGGCCAGCUAAGAAGCUUUCACAUUCACUUUGAAGACCACCUGAGUAAACCUAAACUAUUCCGGGCUAGACCUAAUUUGGUGUGCUAAAUUGUGACAUUAACAUCUGCAAAAUAGUCCUGACAAGUAGUGAAGAGAUACACCAAGUUAUGGAAGAGCGUGGCUAAUCGCUACUGGCGACCCCAUACAGCUUUAAGCUAACCAACGGCUAGCUGAAUUUAACAUUCUUUGUUUAUUUUAUUUGCUGUGUUUUUAUCUUUGGAUUAAUACUUGUGUUAGGAAGAGUAACGCCACUCAUAAGCAAACGUUUCAGUGGAACUACAUCCCGGAACAUCUAGCUUGAUUUUUAAAGGACAUAAAUCAUCUGACUUCUCACUUAUGGCUCGUUAGUAUCGCGGUACUGCAGCUGACCCAGCUAGCUAGCAUCUAUUUUAGCUAGAAGGUAGCGCCAACAGCCGUCAGCCACUUCUUGGCCUUUAGUAACUCAUUGACGGUAAAGAUGCACCACCAGGACUUUUCUGGAGAUCCGCCUGGGACUGGGAGUAGGAAGACGGGUUACCACUACAGGAGGGGUAGCAGCGGUGCGUCUGCCUCCCCAGCAGCCGGUGGCAGUGGAGCCAACACGGUUGACGACAAUCCAACCCAAGCUGGAUCCAAUUCUCCCGGACUCCACCACCAGCCCCAGUCUCAAGCGGCUGGCGCUCAGGUGAAGAAGAAGAGUGGCUUCCAGAUAACAAGUGUCACCUCAGCGCAGAUCAACGUGAGCGGCAACAACAGUUUAGCAGAUGAUACUGAGAGCUAUGAUGAUAUGGAUGAGUCACACACAGAAGACCUCUCCUCCUCUGAUAUGCUGGAUGUUUCCGUGUCCAGGGCCACGGAUACAGGUCUGCCGGAGAGAAGCUCUUCUGAUGAGACACUCAAUAGUCUCCAUGGGGUUGACACACCUGGAAUCGUGUCACCCAACGAGCCUCUUCACCCUCAUUCCAUCCCUCAGGGGUCUCAGCAGCACACAUCAAUGGUAAAUGGGACCAUGCACCAUCAUUAUUAUCCUCAGCAACAAAGCCAGCCCCACCUUCAGCACUCUGACAGCUUGGGAGGAGGUGAACCCUCAAUACCAGCUCUUCCUAUAGCUCCUCUGGCUAGCUCUAGCCCUGCUAUGGCUUCCAAAGUUGGGCCUAGCCAGUCGCAGAGGUCACCCAUGUUGGAUAACAGUAAACCUGCAGGUGGGACAACCCAACCAUUAGCCCCUAUUGUGGGUGGGACUGCCACUGAUCCACAGCUACAAGGCAGUCUGAACGUUUCUAAUGUGUCUGCUGUCACUGCUGCUGCAGUUCCUGCCGUCUGGGCCUGCAGGUUUCGACAACACUGGUACGAGUGGGCAUUUAGCUUCUGUUGGAGGAGGAACUGGCCCGUCUGCUGCCCCCAACACUCAAACCCAGCACACCCAAACUCAGACAGCCACCGGCUCUCGUUUUAGGGUGGUGAAACUAGACACUAACUCUGAGCCAUUCCGCAAAGGAAGAUGGACGUGCACAGAGUAUUACGAAAAGGAGCUUCCUCCUCCAACUACAUCUGAGGCACCAAAAGGUGUAGAAGUGGCUGUCGAGACUGAGGCAGGCAAC